AUGACCUACCAUUGCAAGAAUGGAAGAGUCAAAGAAGCUGCAGAAAUAUUUUAUUCCAUGGCUGUGAACGGCCGAAAACCUGAUGUCAUCUCAUACUCUAUUAUGCUCCACGGGCACGCGACAGAAGGAUCCAUUGUUGAAAUGAUUGAUCUCUGUGAGCUGAUGGCAAGAGACGGAGUUGUACCCAACCGCUCUGUUUUCAACAUACUGAUUAAGGCAUAUGCUAAGUAUGGCAUGAUGGAUGUGGCCAUGCUUUUCUUCGAAGACAUGUUGAAGAAGGGGGUGAACCCUAAUGAAGUCACUUAUUUAACCGUGAUAUCUGCAUUUUGCAAGAUGGGCAGGAUGGAUGAUGCGAUGGAAAAAUUCAAUGAGAUGAUUGAUAUGGGAGUACCACUUGACACAGAAGUUUACAUGUGCAUGGUUGAGGGUUAUUUUAAUCAUGAUGAUUCCAUGAAAGCGGAGGAAUUUAUUACUAAAAUGAAGAGCAGGGAUAUUUUUCAUAGGCCGCGGAAGGGUAAUUGA